AUGAGCUUCCGGGGCUUCCAGAAAAGCGUCAUUCGGGCGCCCCAGCAAUUUAAGUCCCGCUUCAACAUCGGUGAGCAUACAAAGGAUGCUGUCUACAUCGAUUCCGAGCGCAGGUUUCAGGAGCUCGAGACCGAGACGAAACGAUUGCACGAUGAAUCCAAGAAAUACUUCGAAGCCAUCAACGGCAUGCUCAGCCACCAGAUCGAGUUCAGCAAGGCCAUGACGGAGAUUUACAAGCCCAUAUCUGGUCGAAUGUCGGAUCCCGAUAGUUUAGAGAUACGCGGCAAUCCGGAGGGUAUCCGCGCUUGCGAAGAGUACGAGGCUGUCGUCAAGGACCUGCAAGAGACUCUUGCGCCAGAGCUGGAGAUGAUAGAAAGUAGGGUUAUUCGCCCAGCCAACGAACUACUGGAUGUCGUCAAAGUCAUCCGCAAGACCACUGCAAAGCGCGAACACAAGAAGCUUGAUUAUGAUCGACACCGGCAAACCCUCAAGAAGCUUCAGGACAAGAAGGAACGGAGUGCCAAAGACGAAAAGGCCCUGUGGAAAGCUGAGAACGACGUCGAGCAGGCUACACAGGAGUUUAACUACUUCAAUGAUCUGCUCAAGGAAGAGCUGCCGCGGCUCUUCGAGCUCGAGCAGCAAUUCAUCCAACCCCUCUUCCAAUCCUUCUACUACAUGCAGCUAAACAUAUUCUACACGCUCCAUGAAAAGAUGCAGCAUUGCGACAUUGGCUACUUUGACCUAACCCUCGACGUACUUGAAGCGUUCCACAAGAAGCGAGGCGACAUCCAAGAGCAGGCCGAGAAGCUGUCCAUCGUGAAGUUCAAAACUACAGGACAAAAGCGCCCGCCAAAGUACGGCCGCCCCGCGAUCGAGAGCAAGCCUCAGCACCUUCUCACCGCCGGUCCAUCCUCCUCGUCGGCCGCGGUAACCACGCCCACAGCGCCGCCCUCGAAAUUUGGCGGCUACACUCGGCCGAGCGAACCCUCCGACAUCCCACCCCCGUACUCGCCUCCAGCAACCAACGGAACAUCUGGCGGCGGACUUGCCGCCAUUGCUGCAGCAAAGUCAAAGCCUCCUCCACCCAAACCCAAGCCCAGUCGACUCAGCGGAGCACCUGCCGCGGAGACCGUUACUGCUCUGUACGAUUAUGCCGCGCAAGCCGAGGGCGACUUGAGCUUCAGAGCUGGAGAUGUCAUUGAGAUUGUUAGCCGUACAAAGAGCGAGAACGAAUGGUGGACAGGCAAACUGAAUGGAAAGUCUGGCCAGUUCCCAGGAAACUACGUCAAGUUGAAUUGA